CAUUCUGAAUAUUCUGAUUUCACCUAUUCUGUGGUACGAACACCAUUCGUACGUGUGUGGACUUGUCUUGUUCGCUCGGGUAGCGGUGCAUCAAAAGAAUUUUGAUUUUACUGCAUGGCUUUUAACAUAAUAUGAACACGAAUUAUGCAGCCGGUCUAUGGUUAUAACCAUGAAUGAACAAAUGGUAUGGUAUAAUCACCAGUGAUACAUUUGAUUAUAAUAUCUUAGUCCGUGUUUACAACCUGUUGAACGGUCUUUGACUGGAAAUUUUAAAUUUGAAUAACAUGUGUAAAUACUUAUAUGUAACACUAUAACAAUUCACAGGAUUUUAUCUUGUUGCUAUCUAAACAUACGUACCCUACUUGUAUCUACAAAAAUGUCAGGAGUUAAUAAUUAUGGCCCUUAUCGACCCAGACAGAUCACAUCAAACAAUAAUCUGAAAAUCCCUAAGCAUUGGAUGAAUUGCCCUAAUAUAGCUAUUACGUCAGUGGCCAAUUCAUUUGUGGCGUUUAAAACACCACUAGAUGACAAUUAUAACAAUAAAAUAGCAAUCAUGAAGAGAUUUAAUCCACAAAUGGUAUUUAGACAUAUGUGGUCAUUUCAGCAAAAUAUUGGGUUAUGGAUUGAUCUCACAAAUACUACACGCUACUACAACAAACUGGAAGUGGAAGGUAUGGGAUGUGCUUAUAAAAAAAUGCCUUGUGUUGGUCAUGGGGAUUUUCCUGACCGAAAAACAGUUGAAUUUUUUUUCAAUAUUUGUUAUAAUUUUCUAGAAAACAAUUUUACUCAGUUUAUAGGUGUUCAUUGCACUCAUGGUUUUAACCGAACAGGAUUUUUGAUAAUUUCUUAUUUAGUAGAAGUUUUAAAUUAUGAUGUAGCAAGCGCAAUCCAUCAUUUUGCAGUAGCUAGACCUCCUGGUAUCUACAGACAAAAUUAUAUAAAUGAGCUUUAUAGACGGUAUUCAAAUGAAGCACCUACCAUAGCCCCAAUACCUCACUGGAUUCAUUAGUUUUUAAAUUCUAAGCUAUUGCCUUAAUAUUUUUAUAUAAUUUAAUCGCCUACAAUGCUCAUGUGAUGUAUCUGUUUUUACAAUUUGACACAUUUUUCAAUAAUUGUAUCCAUUAAUAAUAAUAAUAAAUCUCUUUAUAAGAAAUAAUGUAAAGCCAAUUUAAAAAAAAAUUGGGUAAGUGGGCAAAACUUUUCUGUACGUUAGGUGUCUAGAGAUGGAUGUAUUAAAUUUGAAUUCAGUAAUAUGAUAUUAUAGUAUUCUUAAGUUGAUUCUGAACGAAGACAGUAAUCUUUCAUCUUAUAAUAUUACUAAGUAUAAUAUUUUUUAUUAUUGUAAUUAAAGUACUUUAUUUUACUAUUACACAUUAGUACUAAGAUAAGUUAAAUUUGUCGAAAAAAUUGCGUUUGAAAAUGUCAUUGAAUAAAAAUUAUAAUAUAGAUAGAUAUUAGGUAAUAACUUAAUAACCUAAUAAGUAAGUAA